AUGUCAUCCAACGGCAUGAGUAGCAAUAUCUACCAACGCAUAUCCUCAUUUACCACCAAGGAGCCCGCUACGCACUCACGUGUGCCACAAGGCGAGGUGCGCAGCGUGUCGUCACCAUCGCGCGCGCCAUCCGUUGCCACUGAUGCGUCUAGGGUCAUGAGCCCUGCCGAGAUACGCAUGGCUAGACAGCGCAAGGUAGCACCGGUGACCGAGGCACCUGUACCUGCGCCGCACACCCCUGGCCAAGCUACGCCUGCUACCGAGAGCGCAGCCGACACAGCUUCGCAGGUAACCCCUACUACACCACUGAAGGCCUCGUCGGUAAGGGCACAGAGGCUAGCGUCCAGAUCCAGAGCCUCGCCGGCGUCGGCUACGCGCGGCAGCGCUGUGAGUGACAUACCUAGGUUGACCGACGGCGAGGCUAGCGCCAUGACCAUAAUGGCCGAGUAUAUGUCCAAUACUAGAGAUGAUGCCGAUGCAUCGUCCUUCGCAGAGCAACUCAUGGCCUGUGUAGAGUUGCGCGAGGCGAGAAGCGGCGCUGGUGCUGAUGCACUCAAAGCCGUGUGUGCAGACGCAUCUAAGGACGCUAAACCCGUUGUUCCCGUACCCAGUGCCCCGGUGGCAUGGGACGAUGAUACUGUCAAGAGUCUCGACGUCGUCUUCGCGCCCAUCGGAGAUAACACCAACGAGUUCACUCGCGAUGAGAUACGCACCAAGGUUCCGCGCAGGUACUUCGACAUCAAGCUGAGCUUCCAGUGGGAUGGACAGGAGUCUGUGUACCUCAAGGCCGAUGACUCUGUUAUCCACUACGUCCCGCCAAGACCUCCCAGGGGCAACCGCGGCAAGUCUGCGGUGCCCGUAAACAAUUAUGGGAUUUCUCGCGUAGUCCACAGCAUGGCUAGGGUACUCAGUACUGGCAACUCCCUGGCACUGAGGUCGUUGCUGAGACUUGGGUUGCCACCCCCACCUCCUCUUCAUCCAAUAGCUCCUGUUCUGCAAGACGAGACAGAAAACCUUUACAGCAAUGGCCAAGCAUCACAUGUCCUAUUGCCUCCCUGA